AUGGAAAGUUUUCGUUAUUUCCCUUUUUUUGAGAAGAAUAUAGUUGAUAGAGAUGAUUUUUCCAACAAAGUUACUGACUUUGAAACCCUUGGAUUAAGUUCAUUUAUAACUUGUACAGGUAAUGAGAAUUCAUUAUGGUUGGGAUCUGGAGAUGGAAAUAUUAUUGAAUUAAGUAUAUUAGAUGGUUCUUUUACUAUUUCUAGAAUUUGGAAAGCUUAUGAAAUUACUGUAUUUGAUAUAAAAUAUUGUCAAAAUACACUAAUAACUAUUGGAAUAGAUAAUAAAAGUAUUUGGAAAAUAAAAGUGUAUGAUUGUGAAGAUGGUUACAUAAUAUCUAAGAAUAUUGAGAAAUAUAAUGAAAUCCCAAUUUAUGAAGAUUUAGGAAAUAAAAGUAUAACUGUAUUUGAUAUUUGUAAUGAUAGUCAAAUAAUAGGUCUUGGAACAAUGGAUGACUUUGGGGUUUAUAUUUUAUAUGGUAAUUUUUUUGGAAAAUCAAAUUAUUUAAAAUAUAUGAUAGAACUUUCAGAACCUUGUACAGGUAUACAUUUUAUUUCAACUAAUAAUGAUAAUAAAUAUUAUGUUAUGAUUUGUACAAAGUCUAGUGUAUCAUCAUAUUUAAUAGAUGCAUAUACAAAAGUACCUAAAUUAACUUUUUGUGAUAAUAUGGGUGGAUCAAAGCUAAAUUGCAAUGUUUUAGCACCUGGUUGGAUUAAUGAAAAUGAUGAUAUUCAGAGAAUUCUUGUUAUAUUUCGUGAUGAAGGUUUAUUUUGUUACCAUCCAAUAUAUGGGCAUUGGUCAGCAUUACCUACAAGUUAUAGUAACCCUAUCUUUUUAGCUUCUUAUAAAUACUAUUUAAUAUUAGUAAAUGCUUCAAUUUGUGAAGUAAAUAAUAAUGAUAAUAAUAAUACGUCUUUGUGUGAUGUAACAAUCUGUCAUUAUUUACCAGAUUUACGAUGUAUUUGUUAUACUGGGGAAUUUAACAAUGUCUCUCAUAUUAUAUAUGGAUUAAAUCAAUUAUUUAUUUUAUGUUCAGGAAAUAUAAAAUCUUUAAAUAGUUCAAAUGAUAAAAUAACAACGACUCCAAACCUCCUUUUUUAUCUUACUGAAUUAAGCCUCUAUGAUAGAAUUAUGAUGUUUGUUAAGAAAUGUCUCUUUGAUUGGGCUCUUAUAAUAGCAGCAAAUGAAAAAGCACCUGAAUGUGUGUAUGGACAAAUUCAGAGAACAUAUGGAGAUUGGCUUUGUAAUGUUAAACAUGACUUUAAUGAGGCUCUUUCUUUAUAUUUAAAGUGUUUAGAUACUUUUAGUGGUGAUACUAGUCAUGUAAUUUAUAAUUUUUUAGCUAAUGAUCGGUUUGAUGAAGUUAUUAUAUACCUUAAACAUUGUAUACAUAUAUAUAGAUGUGAAUCUAAAAAUACUAAAAAUAGGACUUCUUUAAAAUCAAAUAUUACAUUUCCUAUUGGUAAAGAUCAUGUUAAUCUUUUAUAUAGAUUAUUUUCUCAAUUAGAUAGGAUGGAUGAGUUAUUUACUUUUUUGACUGAUGAGAAACAAAAUGAGGCAAUAGAUUCAGGAGAAAUUGAAACAGCUAUAGAAAUGUGUAGAAAUUAUAAAAAAUAUGAUAUAGCUAUCCAAAUAGCAGAACAUUUUGAACAACAUGAGAAACUCAUAUCAAUAUAUAUAGAGGAUAAAUCUUGUCCUAUAGAAGCACUUAUAUAUCUUCAACAGACUUUUUUAGAAGAUACACAGAAAUUAGCUUUAAUAUUAAAGUUUGGUCCUACUUUAAUUAAUAAAAUCCAUAAGGAAACAACUGAAUUUAUAAAAUCUUUAGUAAUUAAUCAUUGUAUGUCAAUUGAUGUAUUCCUUCCAAUAUUUAUUAAUCAAGACAAAUAUUUACUUGAUAUGACAUGGGAUAUUUUAACAGAUAAUUGUACAAAAUCUGAGCUAAAUAUAGAAGAUAUGAAUAUUAUAUCUCAAGAAAUGUGCAUAUAUUUAUUACAAGUUUCUUUAAGACAAAAAGAAAUCAAUGAAAUAUGGCCACAAAAACUUUUAGAACGACUUAGUAAAUUUGAUAAUUUUUCAAAUUGGCAUUCAGUUUUAUGUAUUUGUAGUUAUUAUAAUUAUAAUAAAGGUAUUCUUUAUAUAACACAACAUUGUGGAUUAUAUCAAUUAGCUCUUAUUCAAUAUUUUAGAAAUAAGGAUUUAAAUGGGCUUAUAGAAUUUUGUAUGCAAUUUGGUAAUAAAGAAACUUUUCUUUGGUUAGAAUCCCUCAAUUAUAUUAUUGGAAUGAUUUGUAAUGGAUAUUGUUCUCAAGAUUAUCUUGAUGUAUUAAUAAAUAUAAUUCAGCAAAUAUAUAUAAAUAAACUUCUUUCACCAUUAUCAAUACUUGAUAUAUUUUCAAAAUAUCUUUCGAAUAUUGAGAAUCAAGAUAUCAUUAAUAAAAUACCCUUAGGAUGUAUUAAACAACUUUUAAUACAAGAAAUUCAAGAAUCACCAGAUUUAACUAAAGAAAAUCAGAGUUCAAUAAAUAGUGAUCGUGAAGAAAUAAUCAAGAUGCGUAAGGAUAUAAAGGAUAUGAACUCCAGUCCAAAAAUCUUACAUUCUACAAGAUGUAAUCAAUGUCAUUUACCUUUAGAACUUCCUACUAUACACUUUUUUUGUGAUCAUUCAUUUCAUAGAUAUUGUCUUGUACAACAGGAUCAAUGUCCACUAUGUACUCCAGAAUAUAUUAGAAGAAUCAAAUUACUUAGACAAAGAGAAAGUAAUCAUACAAAUAAGGAUCAAUUUUUUAAAUUCCUUAAAGGAGAUAUGAAUAAUAAUGGAUUAGAUUAUAUUGCAAAAUGUAUAGGGGUCUCUUUUAAAUAA